AAAUAUUCUACAAAUUUGACUUGGUGCACCGACCUUAAACUCAUAAAAUAUUGGAUGCCAAUAAUUGUAGAAUUAUGUAUAUACAACGUGCAUGUCACUAAUCUGAUGUAAAACUCUUAUAAAAGGUUUAUUUUUUUUAAUUUUCUUCCACAUACAUAAACUUGUUUCUUACUUCAAAUCACACCUUCUUCUCCGGAAUAUCAAUUUCUUCCAAAAAAUAUGCGGCAUUUGAAGCCAGAGAAAUCAUGGUGCUUCAUCAUUGCAUUAGUAGGUUUAAUAGGAGGUGCCCUUUUCAUGUCCAUGUUUCUCAAAACGUCGUCAAACAAUUGGAUCCUGUGCAGCAACAGCAAUAAUAAAGCUCCAAAUGAUCAUGGCAAGAACUGGAAUCAACAGCAAAUCCAUCUGGAUGCCAUUUUACAUUAUGCAACAUCGCGAGUGAUACCUCAACAAAAUAUAGACGAGAUCAGGAUAUCUUUUGAUGUUCUGAAAAAUCAGACUCCAUGUAAUUUUCUUGUAUUUGGUUUAGGCCAUGAUUCUCAAAUGUGGGCAUCAUUUAAUUCAGGUGGAAACACAUUGUUCCUAGAGGAAGAUCCGAAAUGGGUGGAGGCUAUACUAAAAGAUGCUCCUUUUCUUCAUGCUGUAACAGUGAAAUAUAGGACAAUGUUGUCAGAGGCAGAUGAGCUAGUGGAACAUUACCAUAAAGAACCAGAUUGUUCUGCUAAAAAAUCAUUUCUGCGUGGCAAUCAUGGCUGUAAAUUAGCAUUGGAUAGGUUACCAGAUGAAGUUUACGAUAAGGAAUGGGAUCUGAUUAUGAUAGAUGCACCACGAGGUUAUUUUGCAGAAGCACCAGGUAGAAUGGCAGCUAUUUAUUCUGCAGCUGUUAUGGCUAGAAAUAGGAAAGGAAAAGGCGUCACACAUGUUUUUUUACACGAUGUGGAUCGUAAGGUAGAAAAGAUUUAUGCUGAGCUCUUCUUGUGUAGGAAAUAUUUGGUGAAAGGGGUAGGAAGGAUUUGGCAUUUUGAGAUUCCUCCAGCAUCUAAUAUUGGAAACAUUUUUUGCUAGAAUUAUUACUUUCCUACGUAUCAAUCUUCUUAGUUUCUUCCCAUUUCCAAUGUAAUUUAGUUAGGGUGUUUUUGGUACGAUGGAAAAUGUUAGACAGCUCUGCUGUAGCCGGAUUAGUAAUUCCAGUGGCGGAUUAUACCUCUUCUACGUCAAGUUUAGUAGGUGCUCGAGCACCCGAAAAUUGCACGUCGGUCCGCCCAUGAGUAAUCCUAGGAUUGUGUCCAUUAGUAGGAGCCUCUUGUCAAGAGAGUUUGGGUGUGGUGGGUGUCUUUGGUCUGCGAGUGUAUGUUACUACAAGGCGGAUGUCUUAUUUUUUAUUUCUAGUUCGAUUGGCUCGUAUUUCUCUUA